GCCAACGCCUCCGCUGUCCCGAGCCCCGCGGGGCGUCGGGCGCCGCCCGCCCCGUCCCCAACGGCCGCUCCGCUCCGCCCCGCACAAGAUGGCGGCGGGCGCACGGCGGCGGUUGCUGCCUGCCUGGAUGGCGGCGGCGGAGCGGCCCGCGCCGCCGUCCGCGCCCCCCCGCUCGGCCCGGCGGUGGCGGCGGCGGCAGGCGGCGGCGGCCCCCAGGGCGGCGACCGUGUACUGCAUGAACGAGGCGGAGCUGGUGGACGCGGCCCUGGGGGCGCUGGCCGAGAAGCUGCGGCGCGAGGAAACGGAGAAGGCCCGCUCUGGAAGCGAGGAGGAGCAGGAGCUCCCGCCGCCGCCGAGCGAUCCCGCCAGCAGCGCGGAGGAAGGCAGCGACCGCGGCGCGGGGCUGCCGUCCCCUCCGGACGCCGGCGCUGGGGCCAGUGCAGAGAGGACGAGUGGGGAGGACCCAGAGGACGAUGUUCUGAAAUACGUUAGGGAGAUCUUUUUCAGCUAAUGCCUUUCUUUCUGUCGUCCGCAGGCGGCUGGGGCAGUACGGGUGAGGCCUUGGGGUGGCCGUGCGCGCGUUGGCCUCUCACCGCAGGACUGGGAGGAGGCCUGCGCUGGCCGGGGGAAGGGGGUGCUUCUUCCUCGCAGCAUGUGCUGGCACCAGCAGGGUUUGGCUCCAGGGAAGGGCACGCUCGUUUGUGUCUGAAGUCUCAGAGCACAGCUAGAUUAAAGAGGAUUAAAGAUGC